AUGGCCUGCCACCAGAGAUCUGUGAGCGUGCCCUCAAGCCCUCGCUCCAAUGAAGCCAGCAUUGAGGAACACCUUCAGGGUGUCAAGUCGAUCGUCUGCUCACCGUCAGCAACCAUCGAAACCAUGGUUGAUGGUCUGAGCAAGAUCGGGAGCAUCUACAACCGCAUCAACGGGCUCACAUGCUUGCCCAGCAGCCAACGUGGGCAGAGGAAGGCAGUGGAGGACGAGCUCGACCGCUCUCUCGUUCUGCUUGACCUCUGCAAUGCCGUGCAAGAGAGCUUUGCGGACCUCAAGGCCAGUGUCCAGGAGAUGCAAUUGGCUCUUAAAAGGGGUGAUGAUGCGUCUGUUCAGGCCAAGGUUCAGUCUUACACCCGCUUAGCCAAGAAGGCGCAGAAGCAGUGCAAGAAGAUCAGCAACAAGGCUUCUUCUGACAUUGAAGGAUGCAGGGUGAUCAAGCUACUUGCUGAAGCAAGACAGAUUGCCAUGGCAACUCUUGAAUCGACUCUGAACCUCAUGUCCAAGCAACUUGUGAUGCCGAGUUCUAGCAAGUGGUCACUUGUCUCCAAGGCAUUGCAAAAGAAGAGAGUUGUGUGCGAGGAGCAAUUGCAGGAGUUGGAGUUGGACAUUGUUGAUCUUGAGAGCGGAGUUGGGACUUUGUUCAGGACAUUGAUCCAGAGCAGAGUUUCUCUUCUGAAUACUCUUAGCUUGUAGACAGAUCGUACAACUCUCUGACCCACUGUGAUUAGCAUCCGCCUUUUAGAGGAUUCGCUGAUCAGCCAAACAAAUUUUUGGUGUACAUAUAUAUAUGAGACAGUGUACAGAAAA